CAUCAUCAACAACAACAGGAGGAAUCAUGUCUCAGCUCGACCUGAGCCGCAAGAGGAAGAGGGGCGACAAGGUGUUCAAAUUCAAAGUUUUCGGCGCCAGAGGCUACCCGGCCGGCUCCAACGGCUCCUUCCUUGAAAACAUCCGGGCCCUCCUCGAGUUCGGCCAGGUCGAGACCAACCCCAUGCCCACCUGGUCCUUCCAGCUUGAGGCGCGCCGCCAUCCUCUCCUUCUCUUUGUCGUUGAAGAGCCCGUAGAUUUCUCCUGCACCCACUGCCGCUACACAGGCUGGGGCCAUCACAUGAUCUGCAACAAGAACUACCAUUUCCUAUUACCCUCUAAAUCCGACUCUGAUGAAUAUGCAAAGACCAACACCAUCGAGUUGCAUAGGGAGACCCACACCCUGCAUGGUGUCCUCCACUCCAAUGGAUUUGGCCAUCUCCUCUGCAUCAACGGCAGGUCCGGUCUGCCCGGCUACCAGAUCAUGGAGUUCUGGGACCGGUUAUGCUCCGGUUUAGGAGCUAGGGAGGUGAGCUUGAGAGACUCGGCGACCAAGAAAGGGAUGGAGCUGCGAUUGCUCCACAGCGUCGCCUACGGAAGGCCUUGGUUCGGGCAAUGGGACUACACAUUUAAGCGCGGAAGCUACGGCGUCGAUAAAGAAAUGUACCAAAACGCAAUCAAAACCAUCCAAAACGUUCCCCUAACCCUAAUCGCUCAUCAAUUCGGAUUCGGGAGCGAGAUUCAAGUCAUAUUCUGCCGCUACCAGCAGCUGUCCAGCCAUUCUCUCAUGACGUUAGGCGACGUGUUCCAUUUCAUGCUGGAGCUGAAAUGCAGGGUCUCCGAGGAGAGCAGCAGCGGCUACUCGGCCAUCAUGUCGGACGCGUCGUGCCGGUGGUCCCCGAAGCGCGUGGAGAAGGCGAUCCACGUGGUGGUGGAGGCCCUGAAGCGCGCCGAGUUCCAGUGGGUGUCGCGCCAGCACGUGCGGGACGUGGCCCGUUCCUACAUCGGCGACACAGGCCUCCUCGACUUCGUGCUCAAGUCCCUUGGGAACCACAUGGUGGGGAAGUACCUGGUGAGGAGGUGUCUGAACCCCGUCACCAAAGUGCUGGAGUAUUGUUUGGAGGAUGUUUCUAGAACAUUCUCCAAACAAGAAGCCAAUUUAAGGCCACAGCAGAAAAUCUCUUGGGCUCAGCUCGUCAAGGACUUGCUCUGCCUCUACUCCAACAUUCUUGGCGAUCACAAUCCCAUCACUAGGAAUGGGGCAUUCGCCGCCAUCCACUUGGCGUCGAGAGUCAUUCUCGACGCCAAGCACCUUGCGAAAGAGUACCGGAUGCCGGUGGAGGAAGGAAGCAAGAAGAAGAUCUACUGCAGAGUGAAUAUACUUAAUAAUGCGGAUCAGGAAGUGGCGGCGACGCCGUACCACUGCGUCGUGGUGAGGAGCGGCGCGACGUUCGAUGAGGUGAGGCGCGAGGCGGAGAGGACUUUCGGGGAGACGUACGUGGCGCUGAGGAACAUGGCGGCGGAGGCGAUGAGGCCGCAAGGGGGGGAGGCGGUGGUGAGGGCGGGGAGUAAGGUGGAGUUGGUGUGUAGGCAGGGGGAGGGGGAGGUUUACCCGGAGGGGCCGGUGGUGAACUGCGUUUGUGGGGCGAGGGAUGAUGAUGGGGAGAGGAUGGUGUCGUGCGAUCUGUGCCGAGCGUGGCAGCACACCAGCUGCGUGCGCAUCCCCGACCAUCACGCCGUGCCCGACAUAUUUCUGUGCACGGGAUGCGAACAGGAUAUCCUGCGCUUCCGCUGCUAUGCCACCUCCACCCCUAUAUGAGUCUGAGCCACCAUUUUGCAUGUGCCAUUCAUUCCUUACAUAUCAAACACGCUAUUUCAUUAGCUAUAUAACCAACGUACUAGUAUUUAUUACUCAAAAUUAAAACUUAUCCCUCAACUAUAUAACCAACUUUAAUUUUAAAGGUAUAAAUAUCCUUCAUUUAAGUCAUUUUAUUUACAUUUAAUACUCCCUCUCUAUACAAUAAUUAAUAUCCUAUUUUUUUACGUGCUCGAGUUUUAAGAAAUUAUUGAACUUCGUAAAAGAAAGUGAGUUGAAUUGGUGUAAUGUGGAGUCCACUUACCUAAGAUAGUAAAGUGAGAUAUAUACUGAAUUGGUGAUAGAGUCCUCGAUCUAGCCAAUCGCGCAGAAGAUCAUCUCUAAUAUUUUAGCGUAUCUUUUAUCUUAGUUAAUUAUUUUUAUUUA